GUGGAUAUACACCCGACCAUGGUCGGACUGAUAAUAGACACCCGACCAUGGUCGGACUGAUAAUAGACACCCGACCAUGGUCGGACUGAUAGUAGACACAUGAUAGCACUGAUAGUAGACACACGACCAUAUUGUUCUCAAAUGCGCGGCGAUUUGAAUUUGUAUAAUUUGUAAUUUAAGGUAACCUUGGAGUAAAAACCCAUUACUUUAGUACAUCCUCGCAUUGAUGCUAUUAAGAUAAUUUCUAUAAGAUCAUAAAAGCUAUUAAGAUAAUUUCUAUAAGAUCAUAAGAGGUAACUUUUGAUCAAUCUUAUCUUGAAUCGAAAACCUGAAAUAUAAAUUGUAUAUAUAUUUAUAUUUAACCCAAUAAGCAAUAAGCACACCCUAACAUUGGUUUUAUUCCAUAGCACCGAAAGUGACUUAUUUUUGGUGAAACAUUAUUUUGUUAUUCAUUUUAUAAUAAUUAUUACUAAACAAACAAAAUGUUAGCGGUUGGUCAGUUAUUUGAGUCGUACUCUGACUUUCAAAGUGAGUUUGAAAAUUAUAAAAAAACAUUUUUUUAUGAUUUUUCUACGAGUGAUUGUCGCACAUUAAAUGUAGCUCGUCGAAAAUACCCGAAGAAACUUGAAUUUACUCCAGAUAGUUUAAAAUAUUAUUUUAUUAAAUUUAUCUGCAUACAUGGUGGUACUUUUAAGAAAAGUAAAAGAUGUGAAGAUGUACGAUCCACAUCGUAAGUAUUAUCAAACAGUUUACUUCAUUACCAUUAGGUUUGGACAUUUAUGUUAUUUCAUAUUAUUAUCUAGCACAAUGAAACAGAAUUGUCCAGCAUAUAUAUAUGUGAGAGUUACUAGCGAUGGCAUGAAGUUGGAAAUAUCACAAAUGGUGGAAACGCAUAACCAUGAGACUUCUGCAUUGUUGUUCUCCAGUUUGCCAAAUCAACGGCGCUUGGCACCUCAAAUGAAAGCGGAAGUACUCGAACUCAUGGACAUGAAAGCAAAUAAAAAGCUGAUCCAGUCCAAAAUCCACACUGAAACCGGUAAAAUGGUAACAUUAAGGGACUUAUCCAACAUACGCAAUACAGAGAUAAAAAAGCGAGGAGUAAAAACUUUUGAGGAAACAGUGGAAGACGUGAAAAAGCUGUAUCACUGCAAUGUUGAACUGUUAACAGAUGAUGAAGGGAAUUUCUUGGGCAUGUUUAUUCAGGACUCAAGAAUGAGGGAAGAGUUUCAAGCGUUCCCAGAGAUGGUUUGUGCUGAUGCUACGUACAAGUUGUUAGAUAUCAGAAUUCCAUUAUAUGUUUUAUUGAUUGAGGAUGGCAAUGGUCAAAGCGAGAUUGCCGCGCUUGGAUUGUUGGUCAAUGAACAGCGAGAGACAUUAGAAUGGUUUUUUAACAAGUUCAAAGAAUGCAACCCAGCCUGUUCAAUGACAAGGGUCUUUAUCACAGAUAAAGAUAUGAAGGAGCGUACUGUAAUUAAAUCAUUAUUCCCACAAUGUAGACUGGUCAUUUGUUUAUUCCACUCGCUGCGUACGUUCAAUCGCGAAAUCACCUGCGAAAAGUUAGGAAUAACUCCAGAAGAAAGGGAUAAGAGUAAAGCAAUUAUUGAAAAGUUGUGUUACUGCAAAAGUGAAAAGGAUUACCAAGAAAUGUUUACAAUUUUUUUAAGUGAAGCUCCGCAUGGGUUAAAAAAUUAUUUUAUUAAAAAUUGGCAUGAUAUCCGUGAAGAAUGGGUUACUGGAUUGGCAUUUAACAGUGGAAACUUUUUAAAUGCAACUAAUAACAGGCUAGAAAGUUUUAAUUCUAAAUUAAAAUCUGUAAUACCAACCUUUUCCAACCUUUCGGAUUUCUUUAAACAGUUGUUUGUAGUUCUAAAGUGUGUUCGAUCGGAGAGGGAUAGCAAGACAAUUGCUAUCAUACAAAAACGUCCAACCAAACAGUUUGAAAACAUUGUCGAAUAUAAAUAUUAUAAGCUUUUGACGCCAUAUGCUUUUAAUUAUUUAAAACAAAGUUUUUCAAGCACAGACAAUAGUAAUGUCCUAUCUUCUACUACGGUAACUGUAUGCUCUUGUGGAUUUUUUAAUUCGAUGAAACUGCCAUGUAUCCAUAUUUUUAACAAACGGAGAUCAACUAAUGAUUGUUUGUAUGAUGAGAAACUAUGUGACAAAAGAUGGACACGCAACUAUUAUUAUAAGUCACAAACGAUACUUAAAGAACCACCGAUACUGUGUGAGGGUGAAACUCCUAUUUCGGUUGACAUACAACCAAAAAAUACAAAAAGACUAUUAUCAGCCAAUGAAAAAUUUCAAAAGUCAUCUAUAAAAUUGUCUAAAUUGGCCGAACUUCUAUCAAUAUCUUCACAACAUACUUAUGAACGAAGAAUGGAUCAAUUGGAAAAUAUUAUAAGAUUGUGGAGCAAAAAUGAAGAGAUUGAUAUUGUUAAAUUGUCCAACAUGCCGUCAACAAGCCGAGUUUGUGAGGAUAUUGAUCAACCUGAAGAAUUUUAUAUUGAAAAUGAUCAGUCAGGAAAAAUGAUAUUAGAUAGUGACAACAUACCGUCAACAAGCGUAGUUUCCACAGCAAUUGGCCAAUCCGAUGAAUGUCAAUUUAAUGUUGGAACAAGUCAGUCAACAAGUGACAAAAUUCAAACUGACAAUGUUACAAUUGCCAUCAAAGAUAUUAAAGUACCGACGAAAAUUAAAUGUUGUGGUAGACCUAAAGGUGCAACAAAAACCACAAUAGGUUUACCGAUCAAGCGAAAACCAGCUAAGCCAGUACGUUUCAAUUUACUUAACUAUUUGACCAAGGAAAACUUGGUAAUGGAAUGGCUUACCAACAAGGCAGUUGUAAAGAAAGUGAGAAAAGAAAAAUACCUUAUCCAAGAAGGAGAUGUCCAACAUCCAGACGAUGUAUUUAAUGGAAUUGUUGAGAACGAGAUUGAUGUGGGGAGUAUCAAGCCGUACUGUUCUAAAGAAGCAUGGAAAGCAGUAAUUUCAUUAAUGAAAACAAAAAAAAAGAACACCAUCUGGAUAUGCCCAACGUGCAACCAUGAAAUAGAAGAACGGCCAUCUAUUUUGUGCGACUGUUGCUUGGUUUGGUAUCAUAUAGAUUGUGUCAAGGAUAACCAACACGGGAAGCAUUGGUUUUGCAACAAAUGCUAUGCAGAUUUUAAAGAAUAGAAUAUGAUA